AUGCCUCCGCUGUGGAGUCGAGUUCCUGAGCUCAACGUUGCCUCGUCUGUUCUUGUGGAUGGACCCUCCUAUGAAGUCAUGCAGAUCGACGUGGAAAUAGAGGAGCCCAGUGACCCGCCGGCCACACAGCUUGUCACGUGGCAAGUGGAGUAUCCAGGAGACGUCACGUCUGACUUGGGUGUCUCCAAGAUCUACGUGAGUCACAAGGACCUGAUCGGCGUCAUACCCCUGGCCAUGGUAUCUGACAGAUGUGACUACGUCUUCGUCAAUGGGAAGGAAAUGAAAGGCAAGGUGGAUGUGGUGGUGAACUUCACCUACCAGCACCUGAGCAGCUCCUUGGAGAUGACCGUGUGGGUGCCCCGGCUCCCGCUGCAGAUCGAGAUCUCGGACACCGAGCUCAACCAGAUCAAGGGCUGGCGGGUGCCCAUUGUCUCCAAUAAAAGGCUGGCUCGGGACAGCGAGGAAGAGGAGGACGACGACAGGAGGGCGGGUCGCGGCUGCACGCUCCAGUACCAGCACGCCAUGGUGCGGGUCUUGACGCAGUUUGUGGCCGAGGCGGCGGACCGGGGCGGACACCUGGCCCACUUGCUGGGCUCAGACUGGCAGGUGGACAUCACGGAGCUGGUGAAUGACUUCAUGCAGGUGGAGGAGCCCCGCAUCGCCAAGCUACAGCGGGGACAAGUCCUGAUCGGCCAGGAGCUUGGGAUGACCACCAUUCAGAUCCUGUCGCCUCUGUCAGAUGCCAUCUUGGCAGAAAAGACCAUCACCGUGCUGGAUGAGAAGGUGACCAUCACAGACCUCGGGGUCCAGCUGGUGACAGGGCUGUCACUCUCCCUGCAGCUCAGCCCAGGGAGCAACAGAGCUGUCUUUGCUACUGCAGCGGCUCAGGAGCUUCUGCAAAGGCCCAGACAGGUAUGGAGGCGGGGCUAG